ACAUCCAUGGCGCAUCCAGAUUGUGUUGCAAACCAUACCAAAGUGACGGACCCACUACCAAACAUCGACACAGCAGCAAAUUAAAACAUAUUCCAUCCCUUCAUCUAUCGUUUACGUGCACCCACUGAUUUUUCCCACCAAAUAUGUGCAUGUACGUAUUCACUACAACAUCGAGGCGACCUUUUCUGAGAAAAUUGAUCUUGCGCAGCCCCUUCAAGCAAUCACUUAAAAUUCCCACCGCGCCUGUGAACGACCGCACUCGCCUACCCGAAUUCCUCUACAUCGUCGUCGACGACAUUGCAUUCCCCACAAUUGGCAGCUCAGAUGGCGCCCUCACCAUCCCGCGAAUUGACAGUCAUCUUACCAAGCGAGGAUUCAAAUGGAAUGAUAUUACGAAGCAGCGCAUUGAAACACACUUCAAGUAUAAGAGUGGGGAAGUAGAGACUUCAAGCUUUGCGUCCGCAUACGAAAGCGAAGCCACCGCGCUGAAGUUUCCACAAUCCACAUCCGUCCACAAACGCAAAGGUCGCAUUCUCCACGCAACAAAACUUAUUGUCGACACCGAUGGCCUAGUCCCUGCUUCUGCUUCAACGACGGGAGGGACGCAAAUACCGAUAUGGGUUGAGCAAGGCGCGUUGCCCAAGGUGCCGAAAGGUGUAUUGAACAUGACGCCAGCGGGAUUUGACGCUUUUGAAGCACGUGCGUGGAUAUGCUUAGACGAGGUAAGAGCUGUGCUGGGUUUGAAGGAUAGUGAUGGGGAGACGGGCGAGUGGUUGGCUUGUGGAUAUAUCCCUAGGGCAAGAGUUUGUGGGCAGGUGGUGCUGCAGGAAGAUACGACAAAGAAGAAGAGUCUGAAGGAUGAGGAGGUGGUGGAAGAUGUGAGCAGAACACGGAAGAAAGGAAAAGAGAAGGUAAGGCAGGAAGAAUAUACACCGCAAGUACCAGUUCGCACAAGCUCUCUGCGUUCGUUCCGUUCCGAUGAUACGAGUGAGAGGAAACGUGAGAACGCGCCAAAAGGAAGAUUGCCGCGACACCGGUCCUUUGACUCAAAAGAUAAGCAUAGUGUAAAGCUUGCGCGGUCUCUUCUCAAACAAGCUCUACUCAUGUCAGCAGAAGAGGUUGAGGUAAGAGGACUUGUCCGUCUGAUACUCAACGACUAAUUAAUGUCCUAGAUCAAGAGGCUUUUGCAGGAGACCAAAGACAUACAGAUCCCAAUAGAAGUGAAGAAAUCAGAGAGCCGACUGAAGCAACAUGCCAGUGCAGCAUUGCAGGACACGCCUGCCGAAACACCACCACAGGCAGAAAUAAAUGCGAACAAAGACAGGGCUGAUGACCGUUCGAUCAGUAGAGAAGCCCUCACUGAGUACCCUCUACGUAGGAGUAAAUCCCAAAGAACAGUCGCAUUUCAAGAUCCCGAC